UUCGAACACUUUCUCGGCCAACUGCCCCGCUACUUGUGAACAUCGCCGGAUAAAAGUCGAGCCCACCACGUCACCUCACAAUGGUAUCCCCAUGCCAGAGCUGUUGCUGCUCCAAAGUGAGAGUAACAUCGACCGGCUGGCCUUGAGCCUUGAUAUCUUGUACAUGCUAGUCUAGUAGUAUAUAUCCCCUCCAUCAGACAGACUUCUCAAAAUAUUUACCGCCAGCUAUAAAUCACGGGCCCCACAGACACGAAGCUCGCUCCGUUCCGCCCGCCAUGGCCACCCCGGGGAUGCUGUAUGUGACUAUGCAGCCAAAGCCUGGCUUGUCACUCGACCAAUUCCACGAGUGGUACAACAACGAGCAUGGCCCGACGCGUCUUCGCCUGCCCGAGAUUUUCCCCAACGGCCUACGAUACCAAGCCAUCGACUCAGCCGAACCAGCCUUCUUGGCCAUCUACGAUGUAACUUCCAUGUCGCACUUGACUACCCAGACCUAUACAACCCUUAGAGAAAACAGAUCCACGCGGGAAGCCGAGACGAUCGGCCAGGUUGACGUGUGCCGGUCAUUUCUGGACCUCGUCUUGUCACGGCAGUCUCCCGAUUUUGUACCUCCCGAGAACCUGACUGACGAGGAGGCUGUUGGGACAGUGCUUGUGUCGGUGUCUAUCACACUGACAGAUGCUGACGGUGCUGAGAAAGAACUUGUCAAGUGGUGCGAGGAGGAGCACAUCGAGAUGAUCUCCAAGAUCCCAGGUUGGCUGAGAACACGCCUCUACCGCACUUCUACCCUUGAAGGUGGCGGCAAGGUCAAACUCGUGUCACUAAACGAAUUCAGCAAGAACAAUGGGCUUGGAGGUCCUGAGCAACAAGCCUCGACGGAAACCCCUUGGGCCCAGGAAGUUUUCUCCAAGUCUGUCGCUGACAUGGAAAGACGAAUUUACUCCUUGUUCUACAUUUUCGGUCCGGCGCCUCGAGAUCUCCAUCACCUCUCCCACCUCGCUGAGACUAAAUCCUUCAGCACAGUGGACGCCAAGACCAAGACCAUUGCUGGAUCAUCGGCGUCAAUCGACUCGUUCGUCACGACUGCCGACGGUCUUGUCCUACCUUAUCGCCUUGAGGGCAACCCGUCGCCCUCGGCACCGACGGUUGCUUUGUCAAACUCGCUUCUGACAUCGAUGCACAUGUGGGACGCCUUCGUCGCCAUCCUCAAGGCGGAGAGGCCGGACCUUCGCAUCUUGAGAUACGACACGCGCGGUCGGCAUGCUGGUACCCCUGCUACGCCUGCAACUCUGACCAUGCUUGCGGAUGACAUCAACACAUUGCUGACAGCGUUGCGUAUUCCGAAGCUGCAUGCCCUCAUCGGCGUGUCCAUGGGAGGCGCGACUACUUUACAGUUCGUACUUAUGCACGGCAGUCGAGUUUCCCGCUUUGUGGCCUGCGACUGCAACGCCAUCUCGAGCGCAGCCAACACGGCAGCCUGGAAAGAGCGCAUUUCCACAGCCGAGUCAACCUCCGAAGACGGAUCUUCUGGUAUCCGCAAACUGGCUGGCGUCACAGUAGAACGCUGGUUCCACCCGUCCACCAUGUCCGACAAGAAGGAUCUCGCUCUGGGCAUGACAGACAUGGUGGCGGCCAACGACGUUGAAGGGUUCAAGUACAGCUGCCAGGCGCUGUGGGACUAUGACCUGAAGGGAAAUCUUGGGGCAUGUCAGGUGCCUGGAAUCCUCGUCGUAGGCGACGGCGAUGGCAAGGGCGCGUUGGUCAAAGCAAUGGAUGGAUUCAAGGGCCUUGUUGGAAAGGAAGGUGUAGAGCUCAGGGUUGUCCCCAAUACAGGGCACCUGCCCAUGUUUGAAGACGCGGCGGCAUUCUGGGCUAGUAUCAAGAGCUUUGUCUGAGAAACGUGUCUGGCCCGCUGGCAAGCCCGCUUGCUACGGGGGAAAGGGGGGGGGGGGGAUUUCGGCAGUCAGGUGUUUCGUAGAUUUGGCCCUCGGACGAAUAUACGAAUACCAGACCGUUCGGUUGUUAUUUUCAAUUCAGACAUUGGUCCCUCAACAAAACGACAGGGAAAAAAGAUUUGCCAUGGGCGUGAAAUCGGGCUGCAGGUCAAGUGAUCGGGGUUUUAUUUCGAGCUAAAAGUACGGUGAAGCUAUUUGGGCGCGGGUAUUGACCGAACCACAGCAUAACUUAAUUCUGAGUGGCCCGAUGAUGGCUCUUAGUUUUUAGGUAGGUAGGUAGGGUCCAGCUAGGCAUGGCAUGGAUUUGCGUCAUGAACAAUUUUACGAUUGAGCUGAUUAGUGCAAAGAGGCGCUGAACGGCAGCCAUACCUACCUCGGUACCCCAGAUUUGGAUCCAGCCAAGGGCGUCCGAGGUUGCGCCACAAACUGCGGCUAGAUUUUACAGCUCAAGCCCCUACUCUAUGUACCUCGAUCGUGUAAAACUUCUCGCGGGCUGCCCGCGAUCAUGUGUUGGUUUUGUACUAGCAUGUUCCGUGAGUCUGGAACGUGGCUUUCGGAGGCGAGGAGUCGCCAACGGGUCCUCAACCAAAGCCGAGACCCAACCGUGACCAGAUUUCCUUCUUACCGCGAAGUGCUUACUAUGUA